CUGCGUCACUCGAAGAACAGUAAGCGAGUCGUUUUCGUUUUCGACCUAGGAAUUCACAAACAUAUGAAAGAAUUCGCGCCUACUGCAACAAAGCAAUUUUCACCUGACAUGACGCAGACGGUGGCAGAGUCUUUGGAGUCUGGUGGAGUUACCCCUUCAUCCGUUGACUUGGUAGUCCUGAUCCAC